CAUUUUGCAAUUCACACUCCAACCUGUGGAAGGCAGCAAGUCUGCCGGAAAACCACACGAAGAAGAACAAGAACAAGCCGUGUAAAAACCAUUAACAUCCGGCGGCAUCAUCACCUUUGAGAGCGGUUAGCUAGCUAGUUGUCCCGCGAAUUUUAUAUUUGUUCAUUUCACACAGCGAUAAAAAUGCCAACACUGUGUUCAGCAUACAACUGCAAAAAUCGCGGUCCCAAAGCUGAUGUAGGAUUUUUUAGUUUCCCCAAAAAAUGACCCUGAAAGACGCAAACGAUGGAUUAUUAAUAUGAAGUGGAAAGACUGGAAUCCGCAACACCACCACCGUGUGUGCUCCAUUCACUUCGAAGACAAAUACAUUUGCCGGAUGGACAAACGUCAACGGCUCACGCCAGAUGCAGUCCCGACCAUUUUUGACUUCCCAGAAAAUUUUCAAAAGAAGAAGGCAUCCAUCCACCCACAGAGUAGAAGAGCCAGGAGUGAUGGGUUGCCAGUGAAGUAUACUGCUGCCCCUGCUGUUACAGUGGCUGAACCUGUCACAACACCAAGCCCCACCAUCACAUCGACUAAAGACUCUACUAAGAUCAGAGCUCCAGAAAAAGUGACCUCUAAAAGUUGGUAUAUCCACGUAGAUGAAGAAAUCCAAAUGGCUGAAUCCCUCCCAGGUUUCUUCCACAGUGACUACUGUCUACCACACAGUAUUCGCUGGGGAUUCAAAGAUGAUGUUGCCCCGAAGGUGGCAUGUGAGAACAUGGAGUUCCAACUUCCACCCCUCAAGCACAUAAUAGAGAUCACAGAGGCAUGGGAGUGGCUGGGUAUGGACAUCAGAGGGCCGCUGCCCCUAACACCGAACGGACACCAGUACGUUCUGACCUUGACAGACUUCUACUCCAAAUGGGUGGAGGCCUUCCCUCUGAGAGGUUGUAGCUCUACUGAGGUGGCACAGCAUGUAGCUGAAGUUAUCUCUCACUUUGGUUUCCCCUUUGGAAUCCUUGUUCGACUGAAGAGGAAGUUUACCAGUAAGAUCAACCUUGCCUUGAACAGUCAUCUGAAGCUGAGGGGGUUCUCUCUCUUAUACCGCCAUCGGCAAGUUGGAUCAUUGGAUCUGGCCACACAGACCCUGAUCAGCAGGAUGGUGUCUGAUCUUGUGAAAGACCAUCCAGACAACUGGGAUGUCUGCCUCCCUGCAAAGGUGUUUAGCCUGUGUUUCAAGGAGCAUCCCAAGACCAAGCAGAGGCCUUUCUCUCUGCUGUGCUGCAAAGGACCACAGCCGGUCACCACCCCCAGGGAUCUGUCUUUCAGUCCUGCAGAGCUCAGAGAGAGUUCCUUUGCAAUCCAGUCCACUCAAGAGAGUGGGCAUGACACUGAUGCGCAAGACAUGGUUGGCAUUGAAUCUGGGAAGGAAACGGCUGGAAAGAGCACAGUUACGAGGGUCUCCUUUUUUAGGAGCAACACCGAUGGUAACACUGAUGGUAACACAGACGGUCACCCCAACAGUAACACAGACAGUAACGGUAACCCCAACAGUAACACAGACGGUAAUCCCAACACCAACACAGACAGUAACACAGACGGUCACCCCAACAGUAACACAGACAGUAAUAUGUAUGGUAACCCCAACAACAACAGUAGCACGGACGGUAACCCUAACACCGACAGUUGCACAGACUGUAAUAUGGACGGUAACCCCAACAGUAACACAGACGGUCAACCCAACAGUAACACAGACGGUAACCCUAACACCGACAGUUGCACAGACUGUAAUAUGGACGGUAACCCCAACAGUAGCACAGACGGUAACCCCAACAGUAACACGGAUGGUAACCCCAACAACAGUAGCACGGACGGUAACACCAACCGUAACACAGACGGUAAUCCCAACACCAACACAGACAGUAACACAGACGGUCACCCCAACAGUAACACAGACAGUAAUAUGUAUGGUAACCCCAACAACAACAGUAGCACGGACGGUAACCCCAACACAGACAGUAACACGGACGGUCAACCCAACAGUAACACGGACGGUAACCCCAACACCAACAGUAUCACGGACGGUAACACCAACAGUAACACGGACGGUCAACCCAACAGUAACACAGACGGUAACCCUAACACCGACAGUUGCACAGACUGUAAUAUGGACGGUAACCCCAACAGUAGCACGGAUGGUAACCCCAACAACAGUAGCACGGACGGUAACACCAACCGUAACACAGACGGGAAUCCUAACACCAACACAGACGGUAACCCCAACAGUGAGCGAUCCUCUGAAGAUAAUCAUGCCAUGGAAAACUGAAGAAUUGAUUGGAUGAGUGCUCUAUCAGUCAUGUUGAUAUCUUUUUGGGGGGAGUAGUUAUUAUUUAUUGUUUUGAUCAUUUUGAUUAGAAACACUUGUCUUUUAUGGUUCAGUGUUUGGCUGGUGUACUGUGUCAUGAUUGUUACACAAGAGCAUGCUAGCAGAGAUGUCUGUGUGGGUCAGGAGUUUAUGAACCACCAACUGGAUCAAUUCAAAAUCAGCCAAAACAUCAUGCAUAGCAGCAUAGAUGAUGGAUUAGUGAUAAGCUUAUCCUAAAAUCAAUGUCUUUAUUUUACACUGUGAUCUGUUUUUCAGUAAAUGAAUCCAAACAUG